AUGGGGUCUCACAAUCUGACCAAAGCCGUGCGGCUCUCUGACCCUGUCGACACGACAACUCCCUACGAUGUAUCAGGCCUCGUCGGCAAGACGAUUCUCAUCACCGGCGGCGCUCUGGGAAUAGGGGCUGCUUUCGCUCGCCAAUGGGCUUCCAAUGGAGCCAAUAUUGCUGUUGGCGAUAUUAACGACGAGGCCGGUCAGAAUCUUGUUGCCGAGCUCAGGAGAGAUCAUCCAAGAGGCGCACACCAUUACUUCCAUUGCGAUGUUGGAAACUGGGACUCCCAGGUGGCGUUCUUCAAGGACACGGCCGCUGCGUCGCCACAUGGCGGCAUAGACAUUGUCGUUGCCAACGCCGGCAUCAGCCGCCCCUUGGAUAAUUCUCACUUCGAGAACCCUAUGGCCUGUGCUGACGACCCGGACGCACCCACGAGACCAAGUACCACGACUAUCGACAUCAAUAUCACGGCCGCCAUGCACACGGCCCAUCUCGCCAUGUUCUGGCUCCCGCGCAACGGCGGUGCCAACAAGCUCAAUGCCGCCAGGAACGCUACCUGGCAAACGGUCGACAAGAGCCGCGACCGCUGCCUCCUGCUUCUGGGCUCUGUGGCCGGACUGGUUCCCUUUGUCGAGCAGACGCAGUAUACUAUUUCCAAGCAUGCCAUCACCGGUCUCUUCCGCUGCCUGCGGGGCUCGGCCUGGAAGCAUGGCAUUCGUGUGAACAUGGUGUGCCCCUACUUCAUCAGCGGCUCCAACAUGUUUCCCGCCGCUGUCGAAGCCGUUCUCCUGUCAGGCGGCGCGGGCGGCGCACAGUUCCCGGACGUCAUCGACGCCGCGACGAGGCUCGUGGCGGACGAGACCAUCGUCGGCCGGGCGCUGGUCAUCGGGCCCAGCGUGCAGGAUGGCGAGGGCCCAGCCGCGCUGGAGGGAAAGGCCGAGAAGAAGGCCAUCUGGGAAUGCUAUGCAGAAGACUAUACGGACGCCGACAUGUUCGUGUGGAGGUGGGUUAACAUUGUCAAUGCCGUCGAGAAGGCGCGAGGAUGUUACGGCGUGGCAGUUGAUGUAUUGAACAUACUUUUCCGGCGGAGAUAG